CACUGGCGCACACACAUCACACUCUCCUGUUCCUUACAUUGUUUAGGCAUUGUUAACGCAUUAUUUACGGGCGCAACAUGAUUGAUUAUGUAAAUUCCACAUCAGUGACGUGAAGUUUGCACUCACGGACUUCGGUAGCCGCGGCGCAGGAAGGCGUGAGGACGGCCGGUCGCUGCCGUCUGGCCCAGGAAGGAACUCGUCAUGCUCAGUACUGCUUUCGUCGCCAGCUGUAGUCAUGCUUAAGCCAUCCAACGACAACCGCCACUGCAGUUUGGCGGUAGAGACCUUCAUCAAGACGAGCCUGGGCGUCGCGACGCUCGUGGUCGGCGUCCAGAACAUAGAGAGAUGCAACAUCGACCCUCUCAUCCCCAUCAUGCUGAUAGUGAACGGCGUGUGGUACCUGACCAGCGUGGUGCUGGAGCUGGUGCUGAACUGCUGCGUGCUGUGCACCAACAAGCCAGGCUUCGUGCUGCUGCUCUACGCUCAGAAGGCCGUCUUCUCGCUCCUCUUCCUCGCCAUCGUCGUCACGGAUAACGUGUUCGUGUUCACGGCGUGGAGGGAGGGUCCAGACUACUACAACUUGGAGCAGCACAAAGGCUGCGACCAAACCACCUUCGUGCUGUCCAUGGUGCUGGUCAUCCUCGCCGACAUUACCCUGUGUCUGGCGGUGCUGGUGGUGGCCUGCGUCUGUUGCUGCUUCUCUGGGGCGUUACUUUUCGUCACAAGACCGGCACGUGAGGCCAGGAAUAAGGUGCAGCAAGAACCUCCUGACAGUUCAACUCCUCGACUACAUGAAGACUUACCUGCAUCUGUGGACGCUGAAGUCAAAAGUAACAAAGCAGUUCAGAACAAUUAAGCCAAAUGAAAGUUGCACGGGAAUGAAUGUUUUAUUUUGUGAAUAAAGCGGCGAUUGAAGAUUCUUGCGAGCCUACGACGGGUUUGCUUGUUCUUCAGGAUGGGUUGGACUAGAGCGCCCCGCUCACAAAUAAAUUUUGUGGUCUCAAGCUCCGUAUAGUUAUACCUAUCGAAAAGUUCAAUAAUAAUAUCUAUUUAUAAACGGGAAUAAACCUCCAUAGCGAGGUCCAUACCUAAAUAUUGAGGCUCGUGCAUUGGAAAUACAUUUCCCUGCCAUGAACUAUAACUUGCAUUGCAGUCCAUGCGCCACGAGACGUCCAUCUCACAUUUCUUCAUAAAUAAAUUUGAUACAUUAAUAUACAUUACAUUACAUUGAUACAUUAAACAUUAUUAAUAGACGGUGUGCUAUAAAUAUUUGCAGGCUCGAAAUUUCGGCCACCAAUUUCAGCUCAGGCAUUAUAAUACUCUAUAUAAGCGUCAAUGUUACACCUAAUAAUAAUAUAGUUAACAAUAACCAGAACAAUUAAGCUUAAAUGAACUAUAAGAAUUCUGAGCGUCUCGCCCAGUUUGAUUACACCCACAAAACCGAGUCCCACAGCAACUACCAGCAACAUUAUAUGUGAUCAUGUGAAUUAGAUUGUAAAUAAUUUACUUGGUAGUUUGAGUAGUAUAUUUAAUUAAUUUUCCGCUACGAUGAAGUGUUUCAUUCGCACUAAUUCUCAUGAUGGUGCUACUCGCUUCUGUUAUUUGCUGUUCCUUGCUGUGCGUUAGAAGUAAUAGAAAAUUACAUAAUGAUAGAAUUAAUUAUUUUGGAAAAAUGAUAG